AUGACGGACAACGUCAAGCCAGAGUUUACUCUCCGCACCGGUGUAUACCUGGCGAUCGACCCAGGCCUGUUUGUGGGCUCCUUGGAAGGGAAAGUCGCAUUGGUUACCGGAUCAGGGAGGGGCAUCGGACGUGAAAUCGCGCUGGCUCUGGCAAGCUCUGGUGCGGCUGUUGCUGUUUCUGGGAGAACACAGAAGGAAGUUCAAGAUACCACGCGCGACGUGGCAAAGCUUGGACGAAAGUGCAUUGGCGUGGUAGCGGACGUCUGCGUCCGCGAAGAUCUAGUUCGUCUUGUCGAAGAGGUAGUUGAGAAACUCGGUGAAAUCGACAUUCUUAUUUGCAAUGCUGGCACAAACACCUUUAUGCCAUUCCACAUGACAGACUCAGACGAAUGGUGGCGCCAGAUGGAAGUCAUGGUGAAAUCGCCUACCGAAUUGACGCGAAUUAUCCUUCCUUCGAUGCAAAACCGCAAUUCUGGUAUCAUUAUCUUCACAUCGUCCCGCGCGGCAGCAGCCGAUUUGCCUUGGGCAGCGGCGUAUAGUUGCGCCAAGACAGCGAUUACGCGAUUUGCUGGCGUUCUGCAAGCGGAGCUUAAUGCAUUGCAACGGGACACGCUUGGCUUCCCUUCAAACGGAAUUUCAGUAUUUUCGAUCCAUCCAGGAGAGGUCAAGACUUCUCUCCAUGAUACAGCUUUCCCGGAAAAGACCAAAGAGGAAGCACCUUCUGUGAUCGAGAUGAUGGCAAACCUCGCCAAGUCCCACCCAGACUUUAAGGCAGAGCUUGCCGCAUGGACUUGUGUUUACCUGUGCUCUGGGAAGGGCAAGGUGCUUGAAGGCCGACUUGUUGAUUGUACGAGGGAUAUAGACGAAGUCACAGCAUAUGUUUCUAACCUUCCUCGGCCAAAAUUUGGCAAUUCUUGUUGUUGA